UCCCCCCCCCCCCCACCUUCCCCAAACACACACAGACCUCCCGCUGCUGUUAGCGUUACCGUAUCCCCCACGCCUCACCGUUCACAUGCACUCCCCCCCCCCCCCCCCACCCCCCCACCGACCCGCCGUCAGUAACAGUCGCCUCUCUCUUGUUCAUUUCAUCAUUCAUUGACAACCUUCAGAGGAAACAGGAAGGACUGGGAGUCGCCCUGUUGUUUACUUCACAGCGGACUAAUACCGUCUCCUUCGUCUGGUUGUGGACCGUGCGACAAUAGCGGUGCAUUAUGGGAGACACACGUUUUCUGUGCAUUUUCCUGCUGGCUUUCAGCCUGGCGUCUGUCUCAGGCUGCCCUGAGGACACUCUGGAAGAAAUAAAUGAUCUUGCGGGCAAAGACUUUGGCCGCAGGUUCCCACGGCAUGGGCGGAACCUCCUGUACUGGUUCUGCCGUGAGUACAUCACGUUUGAUAACAACGGCAACAUGCAACCGGCAAAGGACCCCGAACAAGGCGCGUUUGGAUUUCAUUACUAUGGAAACAUAGAGCACCUCCUCCCUUCAUUGUACAACCAGAUUGGGUACGAUUACUACACUGUGGGCAACCUCUUGGGCAGCAGAAACUUACCACGGGAUGAAAGGCUGCCAAAUUACGUCUUGGUUAUGUUCAGACAGUCUACGACACGGAGUCCCCGCAGUCAGAGAAACAGGGACCGAAUCAUCAUCAGGAGGACGCCGUACGGCGCUAUCGACCGCGUGUACAUCACACAGCACUACCACUUCAGCAGCGGCCGCGGGAGCCGGUACGACCCGAACAACACGUACCGCAUCAGCACGAACCUCAUCAGGGACAUACGCAACCUCCCGAGUCAGAGGUCCCUCCAGCGUUUAUCCCGGAGGCCCACAGUCCGCCCCCCAAUUCCCCGCUACGCAGUGUGCGGGAAAACAGAUAGGCAGGCACAUCCACGAGUUAACGAGCCUGAUUUAUAGGGCUGUCAAAAAACUAAAACUAAGGUAUUUGGUUGGAAAAAAAAUCAGCAUGCACACCGGCCCCCCAGGACCGGAGUUGUGCCCCCUUGUUUAAGGGGUUUACAGCCCUUACUGCAGAUUUUUUGCACUGCCGCUAUUUCAAUGCUCGUAACUGUAUCCAUCACUUUUUCAAUAUAUACUCAUAUAUAUAUAUAUACAUAUGUUAAAAGCUUUUGCGUUAGAUGCAAUGUAAUGCCAAGGACCAACUAUCCUGCAUUUAUGUUCCAUUCACAGCCAUUCACAUUAUUUAAUCAAUCAAAUCUGAAAUUUGUUUUAUUAAGAUGAUUUGGUAUAUCAAAAUAUUAGAUUAAUCAGGAUUACGCAAAUGAAGCAUUGCCUGUUUUAAUACUGAAUUUGUCAAUACCAAUUUUCACUUUUUUAUAGAAUAACUUAAGUAAACUUUGAAUUUUGAAGUAAUUCAAAUAAUUGUGUUACUCUUUUUAAAUCUAAAUAAAAGAUGAAUGAAUUGCAUAAUAAAAACACAAACACUGAAAACAA